UACUCAGUAUCUAUAUAUAAAUAAUAGUCAAAAGAAGAUCGCUUGGCUUGGCUGUUGACACAAAUCCAAAUCCAUACGCAAAAACACCUUCUUUUCACACACGCACAGAAGAAGAAGAAGAAGAAGAAGAAGAAAGAAGGAAUGGAGAAAGCAAUAGAGAGACAAAGAGUAUUGUUAGAGCACCUCCGUCCGUCCUCAACUGCUUCAUCUCUUGAGAAUCUCGAUUCUUCUAUCUCCGCAUCCGUUUGUGCAGCUGGUGACAGUGCUUCGUAUCAGAGGAGUUCCGCUUUUGGGGAUGACGUAGUUGUUGUAGCUGCCUACCGAUCUCCCCUUUGCAAAUCAAAGAGGGGUGGCCUCAAGGAUACCUAUCCUGAUGAUAUUCUUGCACCAGUUUUAAAGGCAUUAAUAGAGAAAACAAAUCUUAAUCCGGCAGAAGUUGGAGAUAUUGUCGUUGGCUCAGUAUUAGGAGCAGGCUCCCAAAGAGCUAGCGAAUGCAGGAUGGCUGCAUUCUAUGCUGGGUUUCCUGAAACCGUGCCUGUUAGGACUGUCAAUAGGCAAUGUUCCUCUGGUCUACAGGCAGUUGCUGAUGUAGCUGCAGCUAUUAAAGCUGGAUUUUAUGACAUUGGUAUUGGUGCUGGGUUAGAAUCUAUGACCACCAAUCCUAUGGCUUGGGAAGGAUCUGUUAACCCAAGAGUGAAGACCAUGGCAGAAGCUCGAGAUUGUCUUCUUCCAAUGGGAAUUACAUCAGAAAAUGUUGCUCAGCGUUUCAGUGUCACAAGGCAGGAACAAGAUCAAGCUGCGGUUGAGUCCCAUAGGAAGGCAGCUGCAGCUACUGCUGCUGGGAAGUUUAGAGACGAGAUCAUUCCAAUCAAUACUAAGAUUGUUGACCCGAAAACUGGAGAUGAAACACCUGUUACAAUUUCUGUUGAUGACGGGAUCCGUCCAGGAGCAACUUUAGCAGAUCUUGCAAAAUUGAAGCCAGUAUUUAAGAAAGAUGGGACAACCACAGCUGGAACCUCCAGUCAGGUGAGUGAUGGUGCUGGAGCUGUUCUCCUGAUGAAAAGAAGUCUUGCUUUGCAGAAGGGAUUACCAAUACUUGGUGUAUUUAGGACUUUCGCUGCUGUUGGUGUUCCCCCAGCGAUUAUGGGUAUUGGACCCGCUGUUGCAAUUCCUGCUGCAGUAAAGGCUGCUGGACUUCUAGUGGAUGAUAUUGAUCUUUUUGAGAUCAAUGAGGCUUUUGCAUCGCAAUUUUUGUAUUGUCAAAAGAAGCUUGAAAUUGAUCCUCAAAAGAUCAAUGUCAACGGAGGUGCAAUUGCCAUUGGACAUCCUUUGGGCGCGACAGGGGCUCGUUGUGUUGCGACCCUAUUGCAUGAGAUGAAGCGACGUGGUAGAGACUGCCGAUUUGGUGUUGUGUCGAUGUGUAUUGGCACGGGUAUGGGUGCAGCUGCUGUUUUUGAGAGAGGUGAUUCCUGUGAUGAGACUUGCUAUGCUAAAUAGAUCAUCUUCAGUUUGCUGUUACAUUUAUGGAAUAUACAGGGGAGAAACAUUUAUCAUAAUGGGAUUAUUACAAGAAUAAAGCGGUUGUAUCAAGUUAUUUGUUAAAACAGUUUCUUUCUUCGCUCGAUAUCGAUUAAGUUGUGUUUUACAUAGUUAAACCAGUAGCGUUGGUUAGUUUUUCCUGCCUUUUGUAAGCUUCGUUGCUAGGCAAGGCCGGAAAGAUGUGUGUCUCAUUUUGCUUGCAUUUUCGGAUGCAAUAAUUAUAGUGAUGGUCCCAGUUAAGUUUAUACA